CUCAGGACCAGUUCAGGACCAUCAGUGGACAGGAGAGGACUGCAGACAGAGUCUUGACCUGACCUGAGACUGACGACCAGCGAAUCAACUACAACAGAUGUGAGAUGAACACACUGUGGCUGCCUCUUCUUCUGAGCUCAGUCAUCUGGGCAGAGGAGCAGUAUUUCCCUCAGUUACCCAAUGCCACAUGGGACGAGGCCAGACUCUACUGUCAGUCCUGUUUCAAAGAACUGACGACCAUCACCAGCAGGAACGUCCACUUCAUUGUGAAGAACCUCUCUUCGGACUACUGGGUUGGACUCCGCAGGAGAUACAAUGGCACCUUCCCAUGGACUGCAUGGUCCAAUGGAGAUCCUGUUACAUAUCAGAAUUGGUACCCUGGUCAUCCUGUUCCAAAUAAAGAAAAGAAACUGAUUCCUAUAUGUCCCUCAACUACAGAAAGUCCACUGAGCACCGCAAUAACUGCCACAUCUACCCCAAUGAUAACCUCUCCAAAGAUGUCCACAAUGUUUCAAACUGAAAAAGAAGAAGCUACGUGUCCUAUACUGAUUGAUAUGCUUGAUUGCUUAAAUAUGACAUGUUACGAACUUGAAAGUGUCAUGACUACGUGUAAUAGAACGACUGUCACCCCUAAGACCACAACAUAUAACACCACCCCUGAGGUCACAACAUUUAGCACCACCUUUAAUCCCACAACAACCCAGGGCGCCACAACCGAGGGUACCACAACCAGCAACUGCAUCUUUGAACCCGAGCCAGAUCCUGAACAGUACAUCGAGGACGCUUGUCUGGUCCUGCUCAGCUUCGGCAUGUGGAAGGAAGACGACUGCAAUAAAAGUCUACCCUACAUCUGUUAUGAAGAGCGCUUUUUUGGCCACAUAUACGUUUCCGACGUGAACACAAGUGCAGCCAAUCUGAGCUGGACUGAGGGACCCGGUGCUGAGAACAUCAGUCACUACAGAGUGGAGAUCAUUGAGGACAAUGACCAGACAUUUAACCAGACAUUUAACCAGACAUUUAACCAAACAUUUAACCAGACAUUUAACCAGACCGACCUGUUCGAACUCAUACAGAAUCUGACAGCAGGAACUCUGUACAGAGUUCAGGUGUUUCCUGUGAAAUGUGGCCGGGAUCUCAAUCCGCAGAAUAUCUCCUUCUACACCCAGCCCUCUGAUGUGCAAAAUCUGACAGUAGUCAGUACGACAAACAUUAGUGCCAACCUCAGUUGGAGUGAACCAGAAGGAAACCGUCACUUCUACUCAGUGUAUAUCAAAUGCAAGUCAAAUAAAUCUAUUCAUGACCAAGUCGUAAAGUGUCCAAGUGAAGAGUGCACUAUCGAGAAACUUACUCCAGGGUAUGAGUAUGAGUUCACAGUUAAAGCUGUUGUGAAUGAGACGUUUGGAGGUGUGCCAAGCAGCGCUUCUGAUUACACCAAACCUUCGACUGUCAGAAACCUAAAACAAUCAGAAGACAAAUACAGCACAGAAAUAAAAGCCUCUUGGGAUCCACCUGAGGGAGGACAUUCAGGAUACCACUAUUGUCUUACAGAAGUCAAGCACAACCAAAACUGUAAUGACUGCAGCGAUGCAACAAACAGCCGCAGCAGCAGUACGACAAACAACAACAUUACAGUCUGUAAGAAUACAACAAACAAACAAAUCACAGAGAGUGGUAAAUCGGACGGCAGCAAGUUUUGUCUGUGUGUGCAAGCGCUAACAAAGAACGACACCAUAUCAGGAGAAAUGGUUCCGAUCCCAGCAUACACACUGCCAAAAUCUGUGACCCUCUCUUUGAGCCCUGACUACCAAGCCAUAAAUGCCAGUUGGACAAUAGAUGGGAAGUUUGAAAAAUUUGAAGUGAUGAUUCAAACAGUUCCAUAUACUCCUGCGAAGCCAGAAUCUACAGAAUUACUGUAUUACAAUUUCAAAGAUCUGAAAGCAGGAGUGCAUUACAGCAUUUCAGUUGUCACUAUCAAUGGUAACCUGAGAAGUCAACCUACCAAUAAGUCAGACUACACCAGACCUAAAAGCCCUAGGAAUGCAAAGGCCAACGCUACCAAAAAUACCAUAGAUGUAAAAUGGGAAGCUCCAGCUGAGUCAUCGAAUGCCUUGAUUACAUAUAUGGUGGAAUAUCACACUAGGUUUUGGAACCUAUCUAUAAAAAACGUUACAACUAAGACAGAGAUCUCCUAUACUAAUUUAAAACCAGGAACAAAAUAUGAGUUCAAUGUCAGUGUCGUGGCAGGAAAUUUGGCAAGUGAUCCAGUCCCUGCUGAUGCAAACACAGAGCCUGACAAGAGGACACUGGUCCUCACAAUGUUGUGUUCCUCUGAAACGCCACUUCAUUGUAAUGGAACUGAAGCUCGGGAAGAUCUGUUUAAAAAGCUGAAAACGGAAAUGAAUGAAACAUUUCAUGACUGGGUCCACUGGAGUCUGAAGUUUGUAGACAGGAAGCAAAAACUAGGUUUGUAAAAACAGCUGGAUCUCAACCAGCAAGAACAACAUUUGUUGUCAUCAAUAGUUCUUACAGUCUAGUAUGUUUUCUAUUGAACUCUCUUAAGCGACUUUUGUCAAAGAGACAGUUUUUGGUCCCCUUGAGGAAAACAGCUUAUAAAUCAUACUAGAUGUUUGUUUGUUUGUUGAUUUUUUAAUGUAGAAAUGCAAAAGGUUUUCUGUGUGGGUUAUGCUUAGGGUGAGGGUAUAGAAUAUACUGUUAAUAUACUGUAUAAAAAUGUCUUUGGAAAGUGAAUUGGUUUAAGCGAUUGUUAAGUGCUUGUCGUUAGCUUCUUGAAAGAUUUAGGUUUUGAUCCUCACUCAUUUUUGGACCUGUAUUGUUGUUGUUUUUCUUUUUACAAAUUGCAUAUUGACAUAUUUACUUUAAAUUGAAUUGUGUGAUGAUAUUUGCUAUAGUUGAGGGAGAUAUAAUUGUAACAUGAAAACCUUUUUCUUAAAGACAUUUUCUGUAACUGUUUAAUUUUCAUGAUGGAUUAUUGGAGAUUAUUUUGGUGUGUCUGGGGAUUGGUUUCUUUAUAAAUAAAGGUAUUACACAUG